AUGGUUUACCCUAGAGAUCCUAUCACAGGAUUGUUCAACGCCAAAAGAUUUCAAUUUGGUCUUAACCUCCAGGCAAGCGUCGACGGACAACAUCUGUUAAACUGGGGCUUUGACGAUUGGUAUCUUACGGGAUGUAGAGAUAUUGAAUGGGGCAAAGAUCUUGGCACCUUACUGUACAAUGAGGUUACUCUUUGGGGCGAUUUAGUUAGCUGUGAGGGCUGCCGCAUAUACAAGCCACAGGAGGCAUUCGAUCACUUCGAGUUCGAACGCAACUUUCUGUCGAAGGCAAAAGUUCAAAGACAGGUCCACACCCUGGAGCCCGAAGAUAUUGCAUGGUACAAGAGCCACUGUAAAAGGUGCCGAGUCCGGAUCCUACUUGUCUUUCUCGAUUCGAGGGUUGAGAUGUUGGACGAACAAGAGUUAGGUCUACAUACAAGAACCAGUUUAGGUGUACUAUAUAAGACACCGAGGACUGAAUUUGAGAGAAAGCAAGAAAUGGAAGCGGCCCGUGGUUUGGGUCCGGAGGAGUAUCAUGCUGCUGAAUGUGGCUAUGAAACUUGGUCACAGAUCUUUGAGAAACUCAAGAUUUGA